AUGUCGGUGGUGCAAUUGCAGUCCCGGGUGAGGGAGCUUGAAGGCCUACUGCACGCCAAGGAAGCCGAGACGCUCACCCAGAAGCAUCAAUCGGACCAGCUGACAAACGAUUUCCUUUAUAACCUCAAGCUGUUAGAGCAGAGGGACAAGGAAUUGGAGAAUGCGGACUCGUCUUUGGAAGGGCUCAAGCUGACCCUGGCGGCCAAGGAAGUGCUGCUGACUAAGAGCCAACAAAAGAUGAGCGAAUUGGAGCUCGCUGUGGCGGAGGCUUCCGAGCGCAAUGGCAAGCUGGAGGAAAUGUUCAAGGAGGAGCUGCAGACGGGACAGGCACAGAUGCAGGAGGAGAGGCACAAAAUGCGCGAGGUGGUGGUACAGAUGCAGACUGCAGUCCGCGAAGCCCAAGAGAAGUUCACCGCAGAUUUGAAGGCGGAACGCCAAGCGGCGUCUCAAGAGCGCGAGGCGCUGCUACUGGAUUGCAACCGGCAGCUGGAGGAGACUCGGAAGGGUGAUGUGGCGGUGGCAGAGCUGAAGCGGCAUCUGGAUGGCAAGAGCAGACGGGAGGAGGAGCUGAGCGCCGAAGUUCACAUCCUCCGGGACAGGCUGGAGGGGGCAGACGAGGAAAUGACCCGCCUGGAAGCAGAGCACAAGAAGGUUGCGGAGGACUGCCAGAGUAACCUGAAAGCCAAGGAUCAAGAAAUUCAGGCGCUGCUGGGCGACCUCGAGCGCAUUCGCGGAGAGCUGUGCAUGGCGAGAGAGGAACAGUCCACCAAUGCGGCGUCUUGCGCUAAAAAGAUGGAGCAGCUUCAAGACCGUUGCGACCGACAGGCGACUGAGGCAGCGAAAACAGCGAGCGAACAGGCAAGAUUGUUGGCAGAAAAACGAUCGUUGAAGCAAAGGCUCAAGGAAAUACAAGAGACAGCUCGACAGCUGGAGAAUGAGAAAGCAGGCCUACAGGACGCUCUUAGCCAUGAGGUCGCAAACAGCGAGGAGGGCAAAAACGCCCUGGCUCUCGCGACGAGGCAGUUGGGCGAAAUGGAUUCUCGAGCUCUCGGUGCCGAGUCCAAAGUAGAAGAGCUGCAAAUGGAGUUGGCCACUUGCCUGAAGGAAGUAGAUGUUCUGAAGACAAAGCUCCGUUGCUCUGAGGACGACUGCAACCGUGAGCGCAAGCAGCGACAUGCAGCGCAACGGCAGCUUUCAACUAAAAGCGCAGGGGAGGACAGUCGGGCGAAAGAGAAGGCGGAGAGGGUGCUGCAAAGCUUACAGAAAGAGAGACUGGAGGCCAAGAAGGCCUUGGAGGAGGCGGACCGACGUGCCAAGUCCGCCGAAAGGGAAGUCACGGAGCUGAAGCGGCAAAUUGAGAUCGCGCAGUCACCAACGCGGCCACCGUCGCCCAGGCGGGACGCGCAGCAGGAAGUGGCUUCUCCGGGAAGCAAGCACAAGCUGGAGGGCUGCGCCACGAUUCAAAGGGCCUUCGGCGGAACAGAUGCGGCUCGAGGGACGCAGGGGGGAAGGUCGAGUCCCGUCGGCGGCCAUCCGCGCCACGGGCCUGGGGAGACGAGCUCAAAGACUGAGAUGCUUCUGGAGACCACACUUUCCGCCCUGCAAGAAUUUGUAGACAAGCUUGGUGACAGCAGGCGGCGGACUCAGGGAAAGGCCGGGGCCGACAAGCGGAGUGGGCAGGGGUGGUGGAGGCCGGGCGGGCUGGGACAGGCCUGCGGACAUGGGCCCGGACCGGGGGAGACGUCCGAGGGGUCGUCGCCACAGCAGCAGCGGCGUCGGGGCGCCAGCGCGGAGGAGCGGGAGCUCGCGAGGGCGAGGAAGAAGCUGCACCGGGAGAGAAAGAAGUUUAUGGAGAGGCACAGCAAACCUCCGCCAAAGGACAUCGUCGAGGCAGUCGACAAUGAGCAGAGGCGGGACGGUGCCCGGCGUGACGAAAUGGAAUUCAUGCUGUUAAGGGCCGAGCAGCUGAGCGAGGAGAACGGACGCUUGCGCUACCAGCUGGCAGGACCAUGCGUUUCUGGACAGGGACCGCAUAUGUACGGUGGCACCAAAGGGUACCGUACACGCCUUCAUGCCACACGACACGUCGUUGACUGCUGUCCUGUUCGCAGCCGGAGCCUCCAAAGCACCGCCAUUGACGACGGCGCCGACGCAAACUCUGGCGGGGCCCGCACCCUCUGCAAACCCCCAAGACAGUGUACGGGUGCCGUCGGCGGCUCACGCCCUAGGGAACCGAGUCUCUGA